UCUGCAUCUUUUUACAUAUUAAAUCUUUUCUUACCGUUGUAAUAUUUACAACAUGGCAGAGGGAAGCAUUAAAGAAAAUAUCGAACAUGACUUGAAAGAGAAACCCAACGCUGAGGGAUCAAUUAUCUCCCAUACUUCGGUUCAGCCACAAGUAGAGGAUGAUCAUAUCAAACCUACUGAAGAAGAUUGGAAGGUUUGCCGAGAAGUAGCCGAUGCGAUCCCACGCUCUGCAUACUUGGUCAUCCUCUUGGAACUGUGUGAACGUUUUACCUACUACGGUUUGACUGGUCCUUUCCAAAAUUAUAUUCAACAUCCACACCCUCCUAGUUACCCUGCUGAAACGCCCGGUGCGCUGAAUAAGGGUCAGCAGGUGGCUACCGCGCUCACCACAUUCUUCCAAUUUUGGUGUUAUAUAACCCCGAUCCCGGGAGCCAUGAUUGCUGAUCAGUACUGGGGAAAAUACAAGACCAUUCUUGUCUUCGCUGGUAUCUAUUUUGUCGGCCUGAUUGCUUUGACCUUGACAUCCAUUCCCGCAGCUAUCCAAAAUGGGGCCGCUUUCCCUGGCUUUAUCGUUUCUAUCAUUAUCAUUGGUGUAGGAACAGGUGGUAUCAAAUCCAACGUAUCACCCUUGGUUGCCGAGCAAUAUCAAUCAAAGACACCGUUUAUUCGCGUCAUCACCCGUCGUAAUGGUUCGACCGAACGUGUGAUUGUCACUCCUCAAGCCACUUAUCAGAAACUCUUCAACAUGUUUUAUUGGGGUAUCAAUGUCGGCUCACUUUCUGCCAUCGCUACCACUUCGUUGGAAAAAUAUGUUGGCUUCUGGUCCGCUUACAUGUUGCCUCUGCUUAUGUUCAUUCCCGGUAUUCUCGUGGUCCUCCUUGGUAAAAACUACUACGUGCAGCAUCCUCCUCGCGGUAGUAUCUUUGUUGAAGUCGCACGCAUUCUCAAGAUUGCUGUCAAGUAUGGUCUUGAAGGUGCUAAACCUUCCGUGAUGCGUGAUGUGAAUCCUAAACUGGCCGAGAAAUUCACUUGGAAUGAUGUCUUUGUCGAUGAAUUGCGUCGUACUCUUCGUGCUUGUGCCGUGUUUUGCUGGUUCCCUAUCUACUGGCUUUGUUACUCUCAAAUGACCAACAACCUCGUUUCCAUGACAGCUACCAUGCAAACCGGCAAGGUUCCCAACGAUAUCAUGCAAAACAUCAACCCGCUGACAUUGAUUAUCGUCAUUCCCUUGAUGGAUCGUGUCCUCUAUCCUUUCUUACGCCGCUGCGGUAUUCCCAUGCGUCCCAUGCUUCGUAUCACCAUGGGUUUCAUUUUCGCCGCUCUUGCCAUGGCUUACUGUGCCGCUAUCCAGGCCGUGGUGUACAACUCCCCACCGUACUACAACUUCCCGACCGGCAACAAAAACUAUGUCUCCGCUGGUCUCAUUGUUCCUGCUUACAUUCUCGUCGGUGUCUCUGAAGUCUUUGCUUCCAUCACGGGUCUUGAAUACGCCUACAAGAAGGCCCCUAUUAGCAUGAAAUCCUUAGUCAUGGCCUUGUUCCUGUUCACUAACUGUGUUGGUUCCAUUCUCGGCUUUGCUCUCGUUUCUGUCGCUGUCGAUCCGAAGCUUACGUACAUGUAUGCGGGUAUUGCCUGUGCUAUGGGCGUGUGUGCUCCUUUAUUCUACAUCAUUCACGGCAAGAAUGAUAAAACCGAUGUGGAAGAUGACGCCAUUGGUGUUGACCAAGCCGAAGAAAAACAGAACCCUCCUAAUUACAACGAGAAGGAAUAUGAAUACGAGCACAAAGCCUAAACCUCUUUUGCGUCCAUUGCGGUCAUUUUAUUUCACACUCUGUUCCAUUUUUUAACCCAACUCGUAUGUAGCCCCCCAGAUAUCAUACCUUAUAGCAUUUUUUAUAAUAUCAAACCUUCCUACAUGUAAAUCAUUAAAUAAAAUAAUCUUCAAUUUUUUUUCCCAAAAGUCCAAGCAAUCUAGAGCAAAUGAAG